AGGCGCGCCUCGGGGCGGGGCUUUUGGGCGGUUAUAAAAGCGCGGAGGUGCGCGCGCGGCUGGCUCAGUGCGGCCAGGCUUCGGAGCGGGCGGAGCGGCGGGAGCGGUGUGCGGUGGGUGUCGGAGGCAGCGGGCAGCGGAGCGGGGCCGCCAGGGCCGCAGCGGCCGCAGUUGGGCCCCCCCCGCCCCGGCUGGCGGCCCGAAGAGCGCGGGAAGGGGGCCGGGGGGACCCGCCCCCGGCCGGCCGCAGUCAUGAACUCCAAUGUAGAGAACUUGCCCCCCCACAUCAUCCGCCUGGUAUACAAGGAAGUGACGACACUGACCACGGACCCACCUGAUGGCAUCAAGGUCUUCCCCAACGAGGAGGACCUCACUGACCUGCAGGUCACCAUCGAGGGCCCUGAGGGUACCCCUUAUGCUGGAGGUCUCUUCCGUAUGAAACUCCUGCUGGGGAAGGAUUUCCCUGCCUCACCACCCAAGGGCUACUUCCUGACCAAGAUAUUCCACCCAAAUGUGGGUGCCAACGGUGAGAUCUGUGUCAAUGUGCUCAAGAGGGACUGGACGGCUGAGCUGGGCAUCCGACAUGUGCUGUUGACCAUCAAGUGCCUGCUGAUCCACCCUAACCCAGAGUCUGCGCUCAACGAGGAGGCAGGCCGCCUGCUCUUGGAGAACUACGAGGAGUAUGCUGCCCGGGCCCGCCUGCUCACAGAGAUCCACGGUGGCGCAGGUGGGCCCAGCAGUGGGCGGGCUGAGGCCAGCCGGGCCCUGGCCAGUGGCGCAGCGUCCUCCACGGACCCUGUGGUCCCUGGAGGUCUAGGAGGAGCUGAUGGUCCCAUGGCCAAGAAGCACGCUGGUGAGCGCGAUAAGAAGUUGGCAGCCAAGAAAAAGACAGACAAGAAGCGGGCACUUCGGCGGCUGUAGUGGGCUUUUCUUCCUCCUCCCAUCCCUGGCUAAAUUCCCCUCCUAACCCUUCCCUCCCACGCUGUCUCUAAAUUAUUUAAAUUAUGGCUGGGGUGGGGGAGGGUGUGGGGGACACUGGGACCUGGAUUUGUUUUUCUAAAUAAAGUUGGAAAAGCAGUUUCUA